AUGAGUCUUCUUAUGAUUAGUGAAAAUGUAAAAUUGGCUCGUGAAUAUGCUUUGCUGGGAAACUAUGACUCUGCGAUGGUCUAUUAUCAGGGAGUACUUGAUCAAAUGAACAAAUAUCUGUACUCUGUCAAAGAUACAUAUCUCCAGCAAAAAUGGCAACAGGUUUGGCAAGAGAUAAGUGUGGAAGCUAAACAUGUUAAGGAUAUCAUGAAAACACUAGAAAGCUUUAAACUAGAUAGUACUCCUUUGAAAGCUGCACAUCAGGAACUUCCAGCUUCAGAGGGAGAAGUUUGGUCCUUACCAGUACCUGUUGAACGAAGACCUUCACCAGGACCCAGAAAACGCCAAUCUCCUCAGUAUAGUGACUCUAGACUCCACGGUAAUCGUCCAAGUGCAGCAGUCAAAGUUCCUCAUCGUCCAUCUUCACAAAAUUCUAAUAAUGACAAAGGAAAAUCAGUCCGUUGUCGAGAAAAGAAAGAGCAACAGAAUAAAGGAAGAGAAGAAAAGAACAAAUCACCUGCUGCAGUUACUGAACCAGAGACAAAUAAAUUUGAUGGCACUGGAUACGAUAAAGACUUAGUAGAAGCUUUGGAAAGAGAUAUAAUUUCCCAGAAUCCAAAUAUUCGAUGGGAUGACAUAGCCGACUUAGUAGAAGCUAAAAAAUUACUCAAGGAAGCAGUGGUUUUACCUAUGUGGAUGCCAGAAUUCUUUAAGGGAAUUAGGAGACCAUGGAAAGGGGUGUUGAUGGUUGGCCCACCUGGCACUGGAAAGACCCUGCUUGCUAAAGCAGUAGCUACUGAAUGCAAAACAACAUUUUUCAAUGUUUCUUCAUCUACCCUUACCUCCAAGUACAGAGGAGAGUCUGAGAAGCUUGUUCGCCUUCUGUUUGAAAUGGCUCGGUUUUAUUCUCCAACAACAAUAUUUAUUGAUGAAAUAGAUUCCAUUUGUAGUCGAAGAGGAACUUCUGAGGAGCAUGAAGCAAGCCGAAGGGUAAAAGCAGAACUACUGGUUCAGAUGGAUGGAGUUGGAGGGGCUUCUGAAAAUGAUGACCCUUCCAAAAUGGUUAUGGUUCUUGCAGCUACUAAUUUUCCUUGGGAUAUUGAUGAGGCUUUAAGACGGCGAUUAGAAAAAAGAAUUUACAUUCCAUUACCAUCAGCAAAAGGAAGAGAAGAACUCUUGCGAAUAAGUCUACGUGAACUGGAGUUAGCUGAUGAUGUUGAUCUUGCAAGUAUAGCAGAAAAUAUGGAAGGUUAUUCAGGUGCAGAUAUUACCAAUGUAUGCAGAGAUGCUUCCCUGAUGGCCAUGAGAAGGCGCAUUGAAGGUUUGACACCUGAAGAAAUCAGAAAUCUUUCCAGAGAUGAAAUGCAUAUGCCUACAACUAUGGAGGACUUUGGAAUGGCUUUAAAAAAGGUUUCUAAGUCAGUAUCUGCUGCGGACAUUGAAAGAUAUGAAAAAUGGAUAUAUGAAUUUGGAUCAUGCUAAAUUCUUUUUUAAAGUAAACUGUGAGAAACCUGCCUUAAGUUGUUUCACUAGUAAUGAAAAGUAGUAUUUCAUUGCACUGAGUGCUAUAUUUUUUUAAACUUUCAUAAUGAUAAUUAUAAAAGGAACUCAUGAUUCUGAAUAAAUGUAAUUUUUUUAAGCUGCAGGGAAAUUUGACUCAAUUUGUUAACUCUUGCAUUAAAUCUUUUUUAUUUAAUAGUAUUUUACAAUUGCCUCUUAUUUGAGGCUAUACCUUCAUACAGACUUAAAGAGUUGAUGCCUCUUUUUACAUUGUUUCAUCUAUUUUUUUUUAAACCCUUACCUUCUGUCUUAGAAUCAAUACUGGGUAUUGGU